AUGGUACACAUCAGACCACCAGUGAUGAUGGUGCCAACAACCACUUCCACCUCUGACCUACAUCAGACCAGCAGUAAUGAAAAUAAUGACAACGAGCUCCAAAUUGACCUGGGGCAGGAAUUUCUGGGGCCCUUGGUUGCCCAGCAGCCCAGUGAUGAACAACCUCAACCAGAGGAGUCACCAAAUGAAUGUUGGGAUAUUACAGCUGGUUGGGAGAGAGAAAAUGAGGGAGCACCUGAAAUCCAACAGCCUGACCUAAAAGCUGAUCUUCGACUGUCUCAGCCAAAGAGUGGAGGUAAAUGUGGAGAUUUUCCUGAUGUCAAGGGGGAAAUUCUACCCAAUCUAGAACCUGUUAAAAUCCCAGAAGCAGGUGAAGGGGAACCACAGGUUCAAAUGAAGACAAGUUGA